AGCUGUCGUCACCAUGCAAGCCGGGUGAGUUGUUUGACAUGAAAGAUUCUGUGGCUCUUCCGAUGGCGGGUGCGGAUGACGGUCAAUGAUAAUUUACCGCAAGCGGUAAAAAAAAGUAAAGGCUCUAUGACAACACCGGCUCGCAGAGAAGGAGGCCGCCUCAGUUGUUACUGGUACGUUACUUUAGAGGUAGAAGUCGCGGAAAAAGAGAAAAGGCAGCCGUGUCAUUCAGCUGGCAGUUAUUGGUUAGCUAACGUUAUCCGUAAGUUAGCACAGCUAAGAUAGCUAACUAAAGCUGUUUCAUGGGUGCUCUGUGGCAAGUGACUAGCCAAAUGAGAUGGACAGCAUGAUAAGUUUUUGAAAUCUAUGAUAUCAUAACAUACAUUUCAUUCAUGAUCACCCACUUGUGUAAAAAUCUUCCUGUCUGUGGAUAGCCACCGUUAGCCAGCUAGCUAAUGUCAAAAGUGAACACCUAGUCAAAGUUAUGAGUAGUUUCCCGAAUAAGUCGCCUUUUAUCAGCCCUCCGCUCAGUCCUGGCGGUGGAGUGUCGUCCAUUAACAAUAACAACAGAGAGUGGGGUCUGGGAAACGAGAUGUUUGUCUGCUCCUAUGACGAGUCGUCAAUUGGGGCAGGGAUGCACGCGGUGCAGUCGGGUUUUGACAGACACCUGCCGCUGCUCCAGAACAGCCACCAGCUAACAUUAAACCAGCGUGAUAAGAUGCUGGACGAAUCUUACCCUCAUAACAGCGACGGGGGUUACUUUAACUACGGGACCACCCGCACCCUCAACUACAGGGAAAACGACGGAAAUGUUGCCCCGCCAGAGAGCAGAAAAAGGCAUCGCUCCAACAGUUCCCGACAGCGCUUCGAAGUCGUCACCGAAUUGGGCCCGGAGGAGGUCCGAUGGUUCUACAAAGAGGACAAGAAGACUUGGAAGCCCUUCGUUGGGCACGACUCUUUAAAAAUCGAGGUAGCGUACCGUAAAUACUGUGAGUUGAAUCCUGGCAUAUUCAGCCGGGCAUGUCCCGCGGGUAACGAAACACAGGACACGCAAGAAACGGCCACUGGCCCAGCAGUAUUGGACGGACCACAGAGAGAAGUGCCAACGCAAACUGCGCCAAGAACUAUAGCGCAUGGCAGAAUAGAAUCUGUCGAGCGGUCCGAAUCAUCGGAAGAGAGAGACUUGGACAGUAUAAAUAUCAGCGUAGAAGCAGUCUGUGUGAGAGGGGGUCUCUACGAGGUGGAUGUCAGAGAGAAGGAGUGCUAUCCAGUCUACUGGAAUCAGCAGGACCGCAUCCCUGUGAUGCGCGGCCAGUGGUUCAUUGACGGCACGUGGCUACCUAUGGAGGAGGAGGAAAGCGACCUGAUCGAGGCCGAGCACCUCGCACACUUCCGGGGCCAGCAGAUGCAGGACACCUUUGAUCCGGGCCUCACGCAGGCCAAGACCGUCGACAGCAAGGAUGUUCUCUCCCACCUGCCCCCGUUCUACCUCACCUUUCUGUUCAAAUGGAGAGGAUAUCAGACGAGCACUAAAACUACAUGUCACAAGCGCAAGCGCUGCCAAGCCAUCCACAGUGUGAAGCUGAGCAGGAGCCAUGUUGACUGGCACUGUGUGGACGAGGUCUACCUGUACAGCGAUGCCACUACCUCAAAGAUCGCCCGCACAGUUACGCAGAAACUGGGCUUCUCCAAAGCCUCCAGCAGUGGUACGCGGCUGCAUCGGGGCUACGUGGAGGAGGCAUCUCUGGAGGACAAGCCUCCUCAGACCACGCACAUCGUCUUCGUCGUCCAUGGCAUCGGCCAGAAGAUGGACCAGGGGCGCAUCAUCCGCAACACGGGCAUGAUGAGGGAAGCGGUGCGUAAGAUGGAGGAGAAGCACUUUGCGGAACACAUAGAGGAGCAUGUGGAGUUUCUGCCUGUGGAGUGGCGCUCUAAACUGGCCCUGGAUGGAGACACUGUGGACUCCAUCACACCCGACAAGGUGCGAGGGCUCCGAGAUCUGCUCAACAGCAGCGCCAUGGACAUCAUGUACUACACCAGCCCCCUGUACAGGGACGAGAUCACCAAGGGCCUGACUCAGGAGCUGAACCGGCUCUACUCGCUGUUCUGCUCGCGGAACCCGGAGUUCGAGGCGAAGGGUGGGAAGGUGUCGAUGGUGUCGCACUCGUUGGGCUGCGUCAUCGCCUACGACAUCAUGACGGGCUGGGACCCCGUGCGCUUCAUCCAGCAGGAGCAGCAGGAGCUGGAGCAGGAGGAGCAGCGCUGGGUCAGCUACGAGGAGCGCCACCUGCUGGAGCAGCUGCACAUCACACGCCACAGGUUACGGGAGCUGGAGGAGAAGCUACAGGGGUUAGAGGCCUCCAAACCUCUCGCCUCCCCCGCCCUGAUGUUCAAGGUGGAGAAUCUGUUCUGCAUGGGCUCUCCUCUGGCCGUGUUCUUGGCGCUGAGGGGCAUCCGGCCGGGCACCAGCGGCCUGCAGGACCACAUCAUGCCCGCGACCAUCUGCACACGCCUCUUCAACGUCUUCCACCCCACCGACCCUGUGGCCUAUCGACUGGAGCCUCUCAUCCUGAAGCACUACAGCAACAUAGCACCCGUCCAGAUCCACUGGUGUAACACCACCAACCCCACCCCUUACGAUGAGAUGCGCAUCACCUUCCUCAACCCGACGAAGGACUCUGUGUCGGACACGGAGAGCAUCCCGAGCCCCAGCACCUCUCCGGUGAUGCCACGACGCCACUACGGCGAGUCCAUCACCAACCUGGGCAAGGCGGGCAUCAUGGGCGCUGCCAGCAUCGGGAAGGGCAUCGGGGGCAUGAUCUUCUCCCGCUUCUCGCGCUCCAGCAGCCAGCCGGCAGGCGUGGGCACGGACACCGGGCUCUCCGAGAGCGACGAGAAGAGCCAGGACCAGGAGCCCAACCCCAACCCCAACCCAGCUCAGAGCCACACACACACCCACACGCAGAGCCAGUCAGCCUACGGCCUCUCCACCAUGUCCCAAUCCACCUCCAACUCCACCAUCAUGGAUACUACAUUGGAGCUGGAGCAUCGCAUCGACUUCGAGCUGCGCGAGGGCAUGGUGGAGAGCCGCUAUUGGUCAGCAGUGACCUCGCACACAGCCUAUUGGUCAAACCUGGACGUAGCGCUCUUCCUUCUCACGUUCAUCUAUGAGCAGAGACAGUCCGCGCAGUCACCGGAGGAGCCCAGCCACGAGUCUGCCUGAUGGGGAACACUGUGGACACACACACACACACACACACACACACACACACACACACACACACACACACACACACACACACACACACACACACACACA